ACAAGCAUUCACUGACACGGUAACCUGCAUUACCAGCCUCUAUUGCAAUGCGGUGGCGCUCCACAGAUCUCUCCCCAGUCUGGUGUUGGUUGGUCGGGGAUAAAGCUGAGCGCUAUUCGGUCAUGUGAUUCCUGCUUUUUUUUUUUUUUCCUCCUCCGAAGUUGAAAGGCAGGAGCAGAGCGGUGGAGGGGCCCAGCUUGCCUUCCUACUGGCCGUUGAUGCAACGUUUUCGUCCUUUUCCCACUACAUUAUUGUUUGUUUCUCGCUCGGUCUGAUAUUUUUUACUCCAACCUUUCCUUCGCGAUGGCGGGGGCUAUUAUUGAGAAUAUGAGCACCAAAAAGUUGGUGAUAGUGGGAGUUACUCUGCUUUUGUUUCAGGCGUUUGCCUUCAUGGUCGGCGGUUUAAUUGCUCCUAGCCCUACCACGGCGGUCCACUACUUGGCCACCAAGUGUGUGGAUACAGUCAAACACCGACAGGAAACAAAAUGGUUCAUGCCUUGGGGUCCUAACCAAUGCGACAAGAUCCGGACCUUUGAUGAGGCCAUGGCUAAGAAGAUUGAGGCCAACAACAUUGUGUUUGCUGUCCACAUUCCUCUGCCUAACAAGGAGAUGAGCCCCUGGUUCCAGUUUAUGCUGGUCAUCCUGCAGUUUGACAUCGCAUUUAAGAUGUACAACCAGAUAGAGGAUGGAGCGUUGGCCACCAUUGACGUGGGCCUGGCCUACAGAGACGACACAGUCAGUGAGUGGACAGAGAUGGCUCAUUCUUUCGAACAGAGGAAGCUCACCUGCAACUUCACUACUACCAAGACCUAUGAGAACGAGGGACGUUACUAUGAGUGUGACCUGCUGCCCUUCAUGGAGGUCGGCAGCGUGGCCCAUAAGUACUAUCUUCUCAACAUCCGCCUGCCUGUCAAUGAGCGUAAGAAGGUCAAUGUGGGGAUCGGAGAAAUCAAAGACAUUCGUCUUGUUAGCAUCCAUCAGAACGGAGGCUUCACCAAAGUGUGGUUUGCCAUGAAGACAUUCCUCACACCCAGCAUCCUCAUCAUCAUGAUCUGGUACUGGAGACGGAUCACCCUCAUGAGCAGACCUCCUGUGCUGCUGGAGAAGGUAAUUCUUGCUCUGGGUAUCUCCAUGACGUUCAUCAACAUCCCAGUGGAGUGGUUCUCUGUUGGCUUCAACUGGACCUGGAUGCUGCUUUUUGGAGACAUCAGGCAGGGCAUCUUCUACUCCAUGCUGCUCUCCUUCUGGAUCAUCUUCUGCGGGGAGCACCUCAUGGACCAGACAGAGAGGAACCGUUUCUCGGUCUACUGGAAGCAGGUCGGACCCAUCGUGUUUGGCUCCUUCUGCCUCUUUAUCUUUGACAUGUGCGAAAGAGGGGUCCAGCUGACAAACCCCUUCUACAGCAUCUGGGCGUCUGAUGUAGGAACUGAGCUUGCUAUGGCAUUCAUAAUUGUGGCAGGGAUCUGUGCCUGUCUCUACUUCCUCUUCCUCUGCUUCAUGGUUUUUCAAGUCUUCCGCAACAUCAGCGGUAAGAGGACGUCCCUGCCUGCCAUGUCCAAGGCCAGGCGCCUGCACUAUGAGGGUCUGAUUUUCAGGUUCAAGUUCCUCAUGCUGGUCACUCUGACCUGUGCUGCCAUGACUGUCAUCUUCUUCAUCAUCAGUCAGGUGAAUGAGGGCCACUGGCACUGGGGAGGACACACGGUGCAGGUGAACAGCGCCUUCUUCACCGGCAUCUACGGCAUGUGGAACCUGUACGUCUUCGCCAUCAUGUUCCUCUAUGCGCCGUCUCACAAACGCUAUGGAGACGAGCAGUCAAGUGGUCAGUGCAUAACUGGAGAUGCCGGAGCAAACAGUGGAGAGGACAUCCAGCUCACUACUACCAUCACCCAUGUUGAUGGCCCCACUGAGAUCUACAAAAUGACUGGCAAAGAGGCCCAGGAGUAGAUUUCACUGUAAGACUUUAAGACUCCCCUCUACUACCUACUGCUCCAAUAACCCCCUCCCUCGUAUAUGUAAUCAAACAGGCUUUUCUCUUCACAUCCCCUGGCCCUAAAGCAGCAUCGGCAAUCCACCUUGCAUGUACCUACCAGUCCCACAGUUACUGUCCCCUUCCAGCACCCAACCCUCAGCUGUGUGAUUUGUCACGUGCCACCCUGUUCCCAAUUGUGUCUCUAAAGGCUGAAUAUUAUCACCACCUCCAAUCAGUCCCUUUCAUCUUAUGGUGGAAUUGUUUUUCUCACAUUUCAUAUUUUAUGUAAACUAUGUUGUGUUUGUAAAUGUUGCACAAUGCUUUUGACACCAAAAAGGAGAUUUUAAAUUGUAAAAGUAAACCAUUUCUUGGUGGUCAGAACUGGCAUUUGGCAGCCGAUACACUCCUGUUUUAAAGUAUAGUGGUGAAACUAAAUUGUUUGUAAAGACCUGAGCUUUUGACCAAGAUGGACAGCAAGAUUUUGUGGAUACAUUUUAGCCACUUGGUUUGAUUUUUCUGCUUUAUUAUCUGUUAUAUAGUCAGUCAAGGCCUUAGAGCCUGUCACAAAUGCAUAUUCUUCCAUAGAAUGUAGAUCAUGUUCAGUACUGCUGUCAGUCUUUCAAGUGGUGAAGAUCUUUUUUUUUUUUUUUUUUUUUUUUAUAUAUAUAUCACUGGGGGGAAAUGUACACACCACGUAGCCACUUUGGGAAAUGCAUACUGUGUGUUCAUUAUGUUACAAUGUAGAUAUCUAUUUUUUAUAAAGUGCAUAUUUUCAACUUCACAAACUAUAUGCAUCAAACUCUAUGAAUGUUUUUGAAGUUGACUGUAGCCUGUUAUACAUGGUUCUUAGUUUUCUUUUUGCUUUUUAUGCUAAUUUAAAUAAAAAAUAAACCUUU